AUUUCCCAUCAGUCAUAGCGCCAGCGUUGCGUCACAUGACUCUUCUCUUGUCAACAUGGCUGCUGCUCUAAGCAGUGAAGAUUUCACCAACUUGCAGCUCCUUCUAAAGGCUCCAUCUAAAGAUGCAGUGAGAGAUGUUUGUGUUCAGAGCCACAGAGCCCCGAACCGGAGGCUGACAGAAAACACUGCAGCCACUUUCAGCAUCCCUGCAGCAGAGGCAGCUCAGCUGGUCCAGUCCCUCCACACUCUGUCUCACCACGUCCUCUUCUACAACCUGACGUCUCCGGAUCAGAUCCUCGCAGUAUUCCCAGAGUCUUUCCACUCCAAUCUGAAGAACCUGAUCACAAAGAUCCUGCUGGAGAACAGUCCGGCGUGGAGGACAGAAGCUCUCAGCCAUCAGGUCUCCCUCCCUCAGCUGAAGGAGCUGGACUGGAGAGUGGACCUGGUGACCGGUUCUGACUCGGUCAGUCGGAUGGCGGUGCCGACCUGCCUGGUCCAGCUGAAGAUGGAGGAUCCGUGUCCGUCAGCAGGCGGGGAGCCGGUUUCCACAGUUACAGUGGAGCUGAGCAGGGAGUCACUGGACACCAUACUGGACGGACUGGGACGGAUCAGGGACCAGCUGGCUGUUGUGGCAGGGAAGUGAGAACAUGGACUCCAGAUUUGGUCUAUAAAUGGUUUACCCUUUAAAACGUUUUUCAUCAAAAACCUGGUGGGGUCUCAUUAAUCCGGCGAUUGGAAAGUUGAACUUUUUAACAUGUUGCCCGUAUGAUAAUUUUUAUACAUUUAAUAUGAAUUAUUCUACUCAACCCUCAUUCAUGUGUAAAAGUAUUGUUUCCAUUUCUACGAAUGUGAAAAUAAACUGGUCAGACUGAUUCUA